GGGCUCGGAACUUGCACCGGGUACCGGCGGCUGCUGAGGGAGCGUGACUGCUGGGCGCAGGGUUCUAGGACGCUUUGUCGCCGCACAGACCCCUUUGUGAGCAGCAGACCAGCCUGAAGGCUGGGAGCCCGACACCCACGUCUGCAUGCUGAGGAAGAUGGGUGAGGCCGUGGCCAGAGUUGCGAGGAAGGUCAACGAGACGGUGGAAAGCAGCUCAGACACCCUGGACCUGGCUGACUGCAAGCUUGUGUCUUUCCCCAUCUGCAUCUACAAGGUCCUGAGGAACGUCUCCGACCAGAUCCACCUCAUCACACUGGCUAACAAUGAACUCAAGUCCCUCACCAGCAAGUUCAUGACCACCUUCAGUCAGCUUCGAGAGCUUCGCCUGGAAGGCAACUACCUCCAUCGCCUCCCCAAUGAGGUCAGCAGCCUCCAGCACCUCAAGGCCAUUGACCUGUCCCGGAACCAGUUUCAAGACUUCCCAGAGCAGCUGACCACCUUGCCUGAACUGGAGACUAUCAACCUGGAGGAGAAUGAGAUCGUGGAUGUGCCUGUGGAGAAGCUGGCCACCAUGCCAGCUCUGCGCGUCAUCAACCUGCGCCUCAACCCCCUGAGCGCCGAGGUGCGCGUCAUUGCCCCGCCUCUCAUCAAGUUUGAUAUGCUCAUGUCUCCAGAGGAUGCUCAGGCCCCUCUGCCUUAGGACACACACUCCCUGCGCUCACCCAGCAAGGGACGAAGGCUACUGGCCUGCCAACCUGAGGGGAGGGACGCCCAUGGGAGGCCAGGCUUGGGGAGCGGGGUGGGUGGGCCAGACAGCAUACAGUGGGAGGGGACGCAACUAAGCCAAGAGAAGGUAGCUUAGCACUAUAGUGAGCCCUGGUGCUCCAGAGGAAGGAGGCUAGGUGAGUCUAGAGCCUGGGCUCGGGGCCCCACAGCUGCUGUACUGACUUAGGUAGGUUUCUGUCUCUCUCCAAGCUUGGUUACUUGGGAGGAGGAAUGGUACUGGAGAGCAUUUCCUGCGUGGGGCCCCUCUGCGGUUCUGCCUCCAUGCCGACAGACACCCUCCAAGCUGGUGGAUGAGCCUUCUAUGGGUGUUUUAUGGACCUUAUGAUCUGGUUUGAGAGCCAGUCACCAUCCUGAGAAGACACCACCUCUGACUCUGUCGCCUUCUGAGGACUGAACGCAGCCCUUCUUCUAAAAGAUGCCCUUCAUGGUGCCGUGUCCUGACCAUCAGAGUGCCUGGACUGGUGGAGCCUGAACUGGAGUUUAGAUGCCUGGAUCCUAUGCUUGGGUCCUGUGGCAGGAGUGCCUAUGAAGAAACCUAUAGACAUCUGGCUGGGGUACAGAGGGUCAGCUCCAGGGAACUGGGAAGACAAGGGAAGGAAGUUCUAUGCAUGCUUGUCUGUCCUUCCCUGAUAAUGGCCCGGUAUAGCCAGGCAUCAUCCCCAGGGCCACAGGAGAUGUGGCCCGGAGAAGACAAAACCAUCUUCACCUGUGACUUUGACCUGAGGUCCUUAGGUGACCUUCUUCACCAUGGCCUCCCUCUGGUAGCAACCUGGUUGCCUUGCCUUGGCCCCGGACCACCAGCCUCAAGGCUAUCACCAUAAUCACCAAUGACCUGUCAUCUCGAGGACCUUUGUCUGUGACCUAGUGGGUAGCCAGAGAAUAGGGUGGCUGUCCCAGUCUUCUCAGAACUGUGGAAUUUCCCAGGAGGUGGCUGGGCACUUUACCCCCUAAUAAGGCCUAUACUUGGGGACAUCCCUGCCCUCCUCAAUCUCCAUGUGUCUUACCUCCUCACCUGAGCAAUUAGGUCUAUCAGCUGCCCCGGCUCUGGCCGGUUUAUAGCUUAGUGUAGGUCUGUGGAGGUCAUGGGGGCCCCAGGGCACAGGUAAGGCUGGGCCACUUCAUCUCCAAGGCUUUACAGUAUAGAACUGGCACUGCUGCUCAGAGAAGACACCUGUCCUAGAGUGUGUCUGGGUCCCUGCCCUCUCAGAGUGCUCCUAGAUCUUGGUAAGGAUGCCAUAGGGACAUUGCUGGUACCACUGAGGGCUGUGUAUCCUAAGAGAAACCUCGCCCAUUCUGCUCUCAUCCCAAGCCCAGCCAGCCAGAUGAGGUAGACACAGGGGCCGGACAAGGGGUGGGUGCAGCCCAGACUGACUGGCUUCUCCCACCCUGUGUCCCUAAGUUGGGGAUUUCCCCUUGUUGAAGAAGAGAGGGGCUUCUCUGGGGUGUAAGAGGGAUCCCAUGGUUGGAGCCUAGCAACUCCCAAGUGUGGACAGACUAACACCACCGUUCUGGAAAUGUGGCCUCUGAUGGUAUGCAUCUGUGGGUCCAGCACUUGGGAGGCUAGGACUGCAGGGUUGUAGGUGUGGGGCCAGCCUGUGUUGCACAAGAGCCUGCUUCAACACCAUGACAGCAGACAGAAGAAAAGCAAAGGUGUCUGGCGUAGUGGUGCCCACUUGGAAUCCCAGCCCUCAGAAAGUGGAAGCAGGAAGUGUCAGGAGUGCUAGGCCAGCCUGGGCCAAGAGUAAAGCAGCUCUGGGCUGUGGGAGAUACCAUCUCAGUCAAGUAAAAGGGAAACUAAAAAGCAGGUUCUCGGGCCUCACACCAAUUUCUGAGUCAGAGCUGUGUCUUAAGAACCAUUGCUGGUUCCUUCCGUGGGGUCACAGAGGACCUGGAUAGCCUGUAUAAACAGAGACUGCUUGUUUAUUUCCCGGCACUUCAGGCCCAAAUGAAGAUACAUUAAUUAAUUACAACACUGUUUAGCUCAGGUACCUUAUUAACUAACGCUUACAUCUCAAUCCAUUUCUGUUAAUCUGUGUAUCACCAUGAGCCUAUGACUUACUAGUAAGGGUAUGGCAGGCAUCUUUCUCCUUCGGUGACUACAUGGCAUCUCUCUGACUCCGCCUAUUCCCUACAUAUAUCUCUGUUCCGAUUUCCUGCCUGGAUCUAUUCUGCCCUGACAUAGGCCCAAAGCAGAUUCUUUAUUAACCAAGGGUAUUCAGAGCAUACAGAGGGAAAUCUCACAUCAUGCCUGGGCAUGUCCCAAUGCGAGCGCGCACACACACACACACACACACACACACACACACACACAAACAUGGAUCUGACUGUAUGCUUAGCCUCCCACUGACAGUACUGGAAGGCGCUUGCAAUUUAGAUCAUUUCUCAGUAUUUGCAUCAUUGGGAUGGUCACUAUAGAGAUGACCAGAUGAUGGUUGGUGUGUCCUGACAUCCCACCCCACCUCUAGUUCAUCCUGCAUGCCAGUUAGGGUUGCUUCUGGAAGUUGUCUGUGCUGCCUAGACAUUAUGAUCUGGCCUGUCUGGGCAAGCUUAGUCAGAAACCUCCAGGUCCAGGCUCAGAGAGUGAAGAAGCCCUUCGCUUCAGUCUGCAAUAAAGGAUGGAUGUGUUAAUCUCAUCUGCCUGGCUAGUGUUUGGUUUUUCCUUUUUCAUUCUUUCCCAGUGUGUAUGUGUGAUAUUUGAUUUGUUCCCCCAGCACAGACCCUGGGGGUCGGGGUCCGGAUGUCAUCAGCCCACCUUUGAAGGGGGGCUGGUCCUGGUGGAAAAAGCUUGAGUUGCGGAGUUUAGUUCUCCAAGCAUCAGCUGCUAGUCAUUAGAUCAGCUGGGCCUGCCUACUGAGUCCUUCGGGAGUGAACUGUGGACGUUCCCUCAGGGAAGGAGUUGGUAGAGAAGGUCAUUAGAUCCAACAUCUGAGAUGCCAGCCGCUCUCUGAGCCAUCUGUAUGCAAGUCUGUAGGUUAGGGAGUGUUAACUGAGAGUCUCUAUCAAUACGGCUACAAGGAAGUCAUUAUCUAUGCUGGGUAAAGAUUUUCCAAUGAGGCUUU